AUGCCUAAUGUAAAUCAAAAUAUAAUUGACAGAUGCCAAUAUUUAAACAUAUCUCUUAAUGAUCUUAUAAGCAAAACAAAUGAAAAAUAUGGUUAUGUUAACAAAAAAACAAUUAAUAAAACAUUACAUGAAUUAUCCAAAGAAAAAAAAUUCAAAAAUCGAAAAGAGUAUGAUAAACAUAAAGAAGAAAAAUAUCUACAAAAUUCUGUCAUAAAUUCAUUUACAAAUACUGAGAGUAUUUUCUCACCAGAUAUUGUCACAUAUAAUUUAUGUAAAAAUAAUAACUAUAACCAUGAAAAUGAUAAACAUAUUCUUUGCUUAAUAGAUGAUGUAUUUUUGUGUAAACAGCUUGUCUGUAGUAACUCUAUUAUCGAUAGAAAAGAAAAAGAAAAUUUAAUUUAUUAUUUGUAA